AUGUAUCCCGAAUUUCUUCAAAAAAAGGUUGUUCCCGAAGGAGCGCCCGUUGUUUCCGUCGAUAGAGGUGGCUUGGAACGUGGAGGGCCGUUAAUAGCUGAUUGCGCGGCACCUCCAUCAUCACCUGCUCCUAACAUAACGUGGUACGUCAACGAUCAAAGGGUACCAGGUUCGACGUCUACGUCGGUCAAAGUAGAUGAGGACCAUUUGGAAAGUGCAACCAGCCGAUUAGAACUGACGGGUGUUGGUGGCAGUUGGGGCACGAUUCGACUGCGAUGCGAAGCAUCUUUAUUUAGAUUGUACAAAGCUAAUAGUUUAGAAUUAGAAGUUAAGCCAGAUGCACCAACUCCGCAACCUGCCUCUGUGCUCUUAAUGGGUCCUAGUAUGAAUGGUCAACGAUACCUAUUAUCAUCAGGGUUACUGACGCAGACAUCUUUCGUUCUAGUGUUAUUUCGGUGGUCAACGCAGACGGUUAGUUAAUUUAAAUUGGUGAACAUUCUUUGUGCCGAUUGAUGUAUUAGGUGGAAAUGUGCAAACUGGAUUGCUGUUAAAUUUGUAAGUUUUCCCCCAUUUUUAAUCAUGGUGCUUCUAAACUUGUGCCACAGUGGAACUAACUGCACGAACUAACUCCUUUUGAAAUAAUGCAACGAUCGAAAAGUUGAUUUAUUUUUAACCACUAAUAAGGGACAAUUUGUGUACUUAGCGUUUAAACAGAAAGAGAGACAAUGACUUUUAGACUGUUUGCAGAAGCAAGUUUUUCCUAUUGAUAAUGUAGUCACCUGCUUUCGCCAUCCUUGUCUGAUAUUUAUGCAUUUCCAUGCAGUGUGCUUUUCUGUUUUAUGUUCCUGAACUUUGAUUGAUUACAACUACUUUGGUUGAAAGCGCGACUCGCGUGGGAAAUCAUUCAAAGUGAUGGGAAGAUAAUUACAAUUACUAUCUUAUUUAUUAAAGUGAGACCCUCGUCUUCUACUUGCACUAAAUAAAAUUACACUUUUCAUUCGA